GUGUGGCUAAUUUCUGCUAACCGCUCUGCUCGUGUGACCUGCUGUGUCCUCUGUAACUCUGACAGCCGGUGAUUUAAGGACAACAACAUCAAAACCAUGGUUUUUGAGGAGAAGAUGAUCAUGAACGGAGAGCCCGAGGAUGAGGAGGAGGAAGAAGAAGAGGAGGAAGAGGAGGAAGACAUGGUGGACCCUCUUGAAACAAUGCGGCUGAAGUGUACAGAGACGGAGCACUGCGUCCACACUCAGGAGCGUCUGGAGGACUGUGAGACCAGGGUGGGCUCCCGGUCCUCCACGGCGGAGGAUUGCACCGAGGAGCUGUUUGACUUCCUGCAUGCUCGGGACCACUGUGUGUCACACAAACUGUUCCACUCGGUGAAAUGAAGUCCUACCUGACUGAUAUAUUCUUCAAUUAUUGUAUUGUGAAGAGAACAUGGUUUUAAAAUAUCCAUAUGUGGAUCUGCUGUAUGUUGACAAUUAAAAUGUAAACUAUAAUGUAUCUGCUUUUGUGAAUAAACAGAAUAUUUAACAAGGUAGUCUGAGUCAAAAUUUCAAUAAAGUGGACGGCGUGAAAACCUUA